CUCAUCUGAAAACAAAGCAAACCUCUUAUAUACUUGCUUCCUUCUGUCAAAAAUCAAACAUAAACUAUGGCCACUUUACACCAUCACAAUCUUACAGCCGGGCUGUUUAAUACCUCACCAGACCACAAUAAUAUGAAUGUUUCAAACACAAAGGAGAUGAAUCUCAUAGUUAAUAUUUUGUGGAUUGUUUUGUUGUGUGGAUUGAUUGUUUCUUUUGCAGUGUUUCAAGUGAUGCGUUAUGUUUUCAAACGUAGAGAUUCGUAUGAGGGGUCAACUCGAGCAUCUGAAGCCUCCACAGGUCUUAAAAAAUCAGUUGUGUCUCAGAUAUCAACACGGGUACUUGGAUCAGAGGUUAAGAUUUAUGUUACCGAGUGCACGAUAUGUCUUGAGGAUUUUGUUGAUGGACAAAAUGUUCGUGUGUUGCCACACUGUAGCCAUGAGUUUCAUGUUGCAUGCAUAGACAAAUGGUUUGAGUCACAUUCUUCUUGCCCGAAUUGUCGCAGUUGUUUGCUUGAACAUCGUGUUGAUAUAUCUCAAUCGCGAGUAGACAUCUCAGGCGAACCUAUGGCUUGAGUGUCCAAACGACACUAAAUCGAUAUGAUAUUGUUCAUUUGUUCCUGUUUAGGUAUUUCUAGUUUGAAGUGUGUCACAGUAGAACAUUGGCAUUCCUAUCCAAAUGUAAAGAAAGAAUGAUAAUUUAGUAUUAGUUGACGCAGUUUUUAAGUUAA